AUUCCCGUCGGCUGCAGGGGCGAAGGGAAAGGGGGCUGGGGAGAGCAGGCGGAAUUUGUCCUCUGCUCAGUUCUACAUGAUUUGGAAAGCGCGAUGGUACACGUACCUACGUCUUCAACCCGGAAGAAGGGAGAAAAAGUUUAACCCCGUCGCGCCAUCGGUAGCCACCCCGCUCACACACCCUUCUGGGCCUCGGUGAGUAGCUCAGGGACGUCCUCGCGCCCCCUCAGCCUGCGGGGCGGUUGGAGGCAGCGGCGGCUGCGCGUUGAGCAGCUUCCUGCCGUAGGGCUCGAGCCUGUCUGCCGCUGGGACCGCUGGAAAGAUGCUGAGAAAGUCAAUAAGGCUGAUCUCUAAGAGCCAUAAGCUGGACCUAGGGUGCUUUCUGCCUGUGGGCACCAGGGCAUCACAAAGCAUUGCUGUCAGUUUGGAUGCCCAGGUUCCCGAUGAAAAAUCCAGAGCCAUUUCUCGAACACAAGAGAAUGACCCAGCCAAGCAUGGGGAGCAGCACCUGUGUCAGCAUUACAGCAUUCCCCUGGAGGAAUUGAAGACUAUUUUGCCACACGGACUUCCCCCUCAUUUUGGAAUGCAGGUGAAGACCUUCAAUGAAGCCUGCCUAAUGGUGCGGAAGCCAGGCCUAGAGCUCCUGAACUAUUUGAAAAACACAAAUUUUGCCAACCCUGCUAUCCGAUAUGUCCUCUUUGGAGAAAAGGGCACAGGAAAAACUCUUACUCUUUGCCAUGUGGUUCAUUUCUGUGCAAAACAGGACUGGUUGAUAAUGCACAUUCCAGAUGCUCACCGUUGGAUGAAAAAUUGUCGGGAUCUUCUUCCUUCGGUCUAUAACAAAGAACGUUAUGAUCAACCUCUACAAGCCUCAACUUGGCUAAAGAAUUUCAAAACCUCAAAUGAGCGGUUCUUGAAUCAGAUCAAGAUCCAACAGAAGUACAUCUGGAACAAACGGGAAAGCAUAGAGGAGGGCAGACCCCUUGGAGAAGUAGUUGAGCAGGGCCUAACUCGAGUGAAAAGUGCCAGUGAUGCUGUCGGGAUUGUGAUGAAAGAGCUAAAGAGGCAAAGUUCUUUGGGCUCCUUCCGCCUUCUGGUGGCAGUGGAUGGAGUCAAUGCUCUCUGGGGGAAGACCACACUGAAAAAGGAAGAUAAAAGCCUGAUUGCCCCAGAGGAGCUAACACUUGUUCACAAUAUGAAGAAAAUGGUGACAAAUGAUUGGCAUGGAGGCGCUAUUGUGGUGAGUCUGAGCCAGACUGGCUCUCUUUUCAAACCAAGAGCUGCUUAUCUGCCCCAAGAUUUGCUAGGAAAGGAAGGUUUUGAUGACCUAGACCCCUUUAUUCCCAUCCAAGUUCAUAAUUAUACCCCAAAAGAGUUUGAAAGUUGUUUCCAGUAUUAUUUGGAAAACAGGUGGCUUCAGCACAAAAAAGCUCACACAGAAGAAGGGAAAAAGGAGCUGCUUUUCCUUAGUAACUCAAAUCCCUGGCAACUAGAACGGCUCUGUGCUUAUCUAUAAAGCAUGUCCAUCUCCACCAGGCCCAGCGCUAGGUAUGUGUGGGUCAGAACCCAAAGGGAAAGUCUUCCUCCAGAGACACCAAGUUUCUUUGACUGGACAGAUCCCAGGGCUUAGAGUCCAAACAGGCCUCCUGAGCUCAAGGAAGAGUCAUCAGGUGGCCAGAAUUCCUACUGAAGUUAUUGCAGCAAUGAAGAGGCCAUUCUUUGUCUCGUCGCUUGUGUCAGUAUGUGAACAUUAAACAUGGGUAUCAGUA